AUGUUGCAUAUCUACAAUCGUAUAUACGAGGCUCAUCCUGACAAGUGUAUAAAUAAACUCAUCCUGACAGUUUUUAAGAUAGCGCGAAGGCGGAUGGCCAACAUCGUUCACGCUGGCCUAGUAGUAGUCGAAGCUAGGUUGGAUGAAGUUUUGAAAAUUACAUCUGAUAAUUUUCCGAUGGCGAAUUAUCUGCCUAGACACUCUAAUUUCAUGAUCAAGGAUGGAACUGGGGCUUCAGAGAAUAUUGGGGAUGUCAAGGGAACUGUCAGAUUCAUCUCCUGUUCGUCGGUUCAUUUGAUUGUCAUGCACAUGGAAGCCGCGACGUGUGUUCGACCAGCCCAAACUAGAUACUAUCGAAGCCCAAAUGCCGAUCAUCAAAAGCCUACUAUUGAAGUUGUCCGCAAAGAAAGACUUUUUAUGAAUUUUGGAAUUACUGAUGAGAGUACUAGCUCUUUAGACAGAAUACAAUUAGACAUACAGGACCUACGUAAUCCGUGGGUGCUACGUCUUCCGUAUCCUUCUCGUACCAACAAUUAG